GGACACAUUUUACACCACGGCAACACGCAACAAAAACAUCCUUGCGUCGGUCAACGUACAAAGGCCCAAAUGAGCGGACAAGGAGCGGCGAGAUUCGCAGUGUACAAACUUUCUAAAUAAGGGAAUUGCUUCUCUAGCGGAAACCCGAAUUCCGUAGCCCGCCCUGAGCCAUGGCCAGAGGAUUAAGGGCAGCUUCCGGGAAGAAGCACGAAUGAGGGGGAUUCUUCCCUGAGUCUAAAGCCUUAGGCCAAUUAAGUCUCUUCGUCCGCCUGUAAUCAUGCCAUGAAUCCAUAGCCUCGGGGCUCCAGGCUGGGGUAGCGUCACACCUCUCGGACUCCGCCCCUCUUAUUUGCAUAGGAAAGCCCGAGCAACCAAUGGGAGUGAAUCGUGGCAAAGGGGCAUUGAAGGGAUAAUGUUCCCUCUCCCUUGGAAUCUCCUCCUUCCCUGCCUGCUUGAGAGACUGCCGGCCUGAGAGACACCCGCUGACACAGGGAGACUGCCUGGAAAAAACUGCCGUGGGAGGCAGAGACUGUAGGGGAAAGGAGCCAAUAGUACAGUGGUACCAGCAUUACAUGUAACAAGCCGGAUAAGCGAUAUAGAGAGCGCCAAGCUCCUGUCACUGAGCGGAACGCAGAGCAGUCGCUAUCGCCUGGGGCUCCGACACCAGCACUCACUGGAAGGAUGACAGAAGCCACUAAACUGAGACAGUGACCGCUUGGCAGACAAAGACACAGCGCCACCAGGAGAUAGUCACAUCUCGCUUGGGAACUGAUCGGAUCCUAUAACCGGCACAGGGAGAUGCCUGCUAUAGACUGAUCGGCUUGGUCCAGUGUCUGUAGGCUCUAAAUCGGCUCCAGCAAACGGCUUGGAUUACACGUACUUCAGGGAGAGCAGACUGAGCUGGAACAAUGAACUAUCUGAAUGUGUUGGCCAAAGCUCUUUAUGAUAAUGUGGCUGAGUCACCUGAUGAGCUGUCUUUUCGAAAGGGGGAUAUCAUGACUGUUCUUGAACGAAACACUCAGGGUCUUGAAGGCUGGUGGCUUUGUUCUCUACAUGGAAGACAGGGGAUUGUCCCAGGAAACAGGCUGAAGAUUCUGGUGGGAAUGUAUGACAAGAAACAGGGUUCUGGUGACCAGUGUCAACAGAAGCCUCAGCAACAAACACAACAGCAGCCGCCCCAAAUUCCACUGAAUUAUCAACCCCAGGGGGUCUAUAAUGUGGUCACAUCAUCAAAUCAGUAUACACCAAUGCAUUCUGCUUACCAGAGCCCAGGUGGAGAACACGUAUAUUUGAUGCCAGCAUCUUCUAAGGGGCAGCAGGGGCUCUAUCAGAACCCUCAGGGGCCACAGCAUCCAGGGCAAAUAACCCCAUCAAAACAACCCUCCUUGUACCAGAACCAGCCUGCUCAGCACCCAUUUCCAAGCCAAGUACAAGACAUCUAUCAGGUUCCACCAUCUUUGAACCAAUCACAGGAACUCUACCAGGUUCCAGUGGGAUCCAUAAGUCCUCCUCAGCCUCACGAUGUUUAUCAAGUCCCACCCUCUUCUGGAACAGUACAAGACAUAUAUCACGUUCCACCUUCAAUUACCUCUUCACAGGAAAUAUAUCAAGUGCCACCAUCCAUGGAUAUGAGGGCAGUGGAGGUCAGAAAGGCGCCUGGGAAGGUUGUCCUUCCUACACGUGUUGGCCAACUUUAUGUUUAUGAUACACCCAAGUUGGAGCAGCAGGAUGAAUAUGAUGUUCCCCGACACCUUGGCCCUUCAGGACCCCAGGAAAUCUAUGAUGUUCCUUCGCGAUGCUUAGUGAACAAUUACAGCCCAGAGGUAUAUGACAUUCCUCCUAUGGCUGUAAAAGGUCCAGUCAGCAGAGAACAAACACAAGAGAUUUAUGAUGUCCCUCCCAGCAUUGAAAAAAACCUACACGACCAGCUUCAGUCUCACUUAAUGAUAUAUGAUAUUCCACCAUCUGUCAGUAAAGAUGUUCCUGAUGGUCCUACAAGAGAAGAAACUUAUGAUUUUCCACCUACUUUCCCAAGUCAGAAAAUGCAGGGUCCGCCACAAGCUACAACUCAUGCUUUACAUGAACAUGAGCCAAACAUCCCAGAAGAAAUCUAUGAUAUCCCUCCUACUGCAAUUAAAGGCAGUGAUACAUCCUUUUCCCAAGAGAUCUAUGAUGUACCUCCUAGCCUUAGAAAGCCUGCAGGACAAACCUUCCAUCAUGAUGUUUAUGAUGUUCCAAGAGAGUUCCAUUCAGGAAAACCAACAACUGAGAGUGAGACAGAUUAUAUAUAUGAUGUUCCUCCUCAGGUGGACAGAGAGGUAAAAGCGGUUGAUGAAUUGGUUGGCAACUUUAAACGUCUCUCAGCUUCCAGUACUGGUAGUACGAGAAGUAACAUCUCUACUUCUUCACUUGACACCAUCCCAGUUAAAGAACCUGCUGUCAUUUUACCCAAACCUGCUGGAAAAGAGCUGAACCUUGAUUUAGAAGCAGCUAUGGAACUGCUGGUCAAGUUACAACAUGGUGUGAAUAGUUCAGUUUCUUACUUAAUGUCCUUUUUAAAUGGUCCCUGGAGGAGCCUGGAACAAAUGGAGGCUAACAUUCAGAGCAUUCAAUCAGCAGUGGAAGGAGUGAAAUCUGCAAUGAAGGAAUUGCUAGAGUUUGCCAGAGGAGCAGUAGUAAACUCAGCCCAAGCUUCUGAUAGGACUCUUCACACUAAACUAAGUAAACAGCUACAGAAGAUGGAAGAGGUUAACCAGCAACUGAUUAAACAUAGCCAAGCUUUGGACAAUUGUAACUGGUCCUUGAACAUUCUGGCAACUAACAAACAGAAUACAUCUGAUGACCUGGAGCGUUUUAUUAUGUAUUCAAAAGGAAUACCUGACGAUACUAAACAGCUGGCUUCCUUCUUACAUGGAAAUGCCUCUCUACUGUUUAAAAGGGCCAAGCAUCCGCUUUCUCUGAGUGAUUUGCAGGACAAUAGCAAUCACUUUUCUAAUAACAACAAUAACUUGUCGGUUGGGCAAACAGGACACACAGAAAAAGCUAGCAUACAAUCAAGACCCCUGCCAUCCCCUCCUAAGUUUUUAGCUGAGCAGUCUCCUGAAGGACAAUAUGAGAAUAAUGAAAGUGGUUGGAUGGAAGACUAUGACUAUGUACAUUUGCAGCUAAAGCAAUUUGAACGUCUGGAGGAGGAGGUAGUUCGACCAAUUGAGAGCGACCUUUCAAACUGGACGCCUCCUCAGCACUACAGCAAGGUACAGAGUGCACUCAGCAAUUCAGACCGACAGUUGCUUCUUUUCUACCAGGAGCAAUGUGAAGCCAAUGUGACCACCCUCACCAAUGCCAUUGAUGCCUUUUACAAUUCCAUCAGUAGCAACCAGCCUCCAAAAAUCUUUGUGGCUCACAGCAAGUUUGUCAUCCUUAGUGCACACAAGCUUGUCUUUAUUGGGGAUACCUUGUCACGCCAAGCCAAAGCUCAGGACAUACGAAAUAAAGUCACUCACCACAGUAACCUAUUAUGUGACAAGCUCAAGGAGAUUGUUCUCACCACCAAGACAGCUGCACUUCAAUACCCAUCUCCCGCAGCAGCCAAGGAUAUGGUUGAUAGAGUCAAAGACCUAAAUAGCAGUUCCCAACAGUUUCGAAUGGUUCUUGGUCAGCUAGUUGCAAUGUGAAUAAACACUGGCCUAGUAGCUUAGAGACUCUGCAUGUCUGAAGCUGAUAUGGAAUUAAAGAAGUUAGCCCAGUGAGCUUGCUGUGGCUGCCAAGUAUUGUUUGAUUCUUUACACUUAAAAGAAAAAACCUAAAGAGGCUGGCAAUGGAGGUUUAAUUGGAAUAUACACAAAUGGACAUUUCCUGGAGGAAUGUUGGACUAACUUUCAAUAUCAUUGUAAAUAUUGGGAAAUCUUUGUUAGAUAAUGUUAACAUGCUAAUUCUACAUUAUGGACUCAAGCUGUAUCAAAAAAGGCCAGAACCUAUGAUUUUUUUUGUUUAAAGAUUAUGCUUAUUCAUUAACCUUCAACGCCAAGAUGGUGUAAACAAUAAAAAAAAUUAAACAUUAAAAUAAGUAGGGUUAGUUGAAAAGAAUAUUAAAAUACUUCUAAAGUCCCAUGUAGCACUAUAUAAAAAAUGUAUGCCAUUUUCUGCUGUAUGAGAGACACUGAUCAUUUCUGUCUGCUUUGCAUUCAAAGAAAUUGGAAACUUCAUGAAAAUCUUUAAUUUCAUGAAGGUCAUUUAUUAACUCAUACACUAGAGUCAGCUGUAAACCAAUGUGUCUGGUACACAAGGGCCCUGAUUGCCCUUUCACUAAUUCUAAUCAAUCUGUUUGUUAAAAAACAGAAAAACACUAUUGAAAACACUAUUGAAUGAAUUCUGAAUUUUGACCCUGCCUGGGGAACUUACACUCAUGUAGCAUACAAAAUAAAUACAUGUAUAAAUGGUGUAACAAAAAAUGUAAUGAAAAUCAAAAAUAAGGUAUAUGGUAAUAAACACUGGCAUUUUUAAUUUGUCUGGUUAUAAGGAAAAACCUCCAUGUGGUUAUUUAAAGUAGGCUUGUCAUUUAAAAAGUAAAAAUAUUUGCCUGUUUAUAGAAGUCAGCACAUUAAUUUCACCAUUCUGUAAAUGUUCCAUAAACAUAUUGGCGUUGGUUAUUCUGCACAGGGAACCUAGCUACAUAUCCAUGUCUAUUUAUAUGAGAAAGAGCAGCCAUGUUGCACUCUAGACAUACCCUCAUUCAUAAACUGGAAAGGGUCUAUCUCAGUAUAAAGAUAUUGUAGGGUUUGUUUAUUUAUGGGUUGGCACAAUAUUCACAUCCCCCCUCCUUUAAAAAAUGAGCCCCUAUAUCUUGUCCAGCAUCUUCAAACCAAAAUUCCUUUAAAUGUAUAAGUAAGGUUUAUCACAGGAGAAGCCAAAAAAAAAAA